GUUUCCAAGCAGGAGGAAUUUUUCAACCUUUCCCAUUGCCAACUGGUGACGCUGAUCAGCCGGGACGAGCUGAACGUCCGCUGCGAAUCCGAAGUUUUCCACGCUUGCAUCAACUGGGUGAAACACGAUUGUCCCAACCGCCGGCUUUACGUCCAGGCUCUGCUGCGCGCCGUCCGCUGCCAUUCCCUCACCCCGCAUUUCCUCCAGAUGCAGCUGCAAAAAUGCGAAAUCCUCCGUUCCGAUUCCCGUUCCAAGGAUUACCUGGCGCAAAUUUUUCAGGAUUUAACGCUGCAUAAACCCACCCAGGUUUUACCGUGUCGGACCCCCAAGGUGGGGCAGCUGAUUUACACGGCCGGGGGUUAUUAUCGCCAAUCCUUGAGUUACCUGGAAGCCUACAACCCUCGGGAUGGAUCCUGGAUCCGUUUGGCCGAUCUCCAGGUUCCCCGGAGCGGUUUAGGGGGUUGCGUGGUGGGGGGACUUUUUUACGCCGUGGGGGGACGGAAUAAUUCCCCCGACGGAAACACGGACUCGGCCGCCAUCGAUUGUUACAACCCCAUGACCAACCAGUGGUCCCCCUGCGCGCCCAUGAGCGUCCCCCGAAACCGCAUCGGGGUGGGGGUGAUCGACGGGAUGAUUUACGCCGUGGGGGGG